UGACCGGUGUCUGUCCAUCUGCUCUUUCCGAUUCUGUGCGCGAACUAAGGCGCAGAGCGCCAUUGUGAAGUGAUUCAAGACCGCGUUUCGUAAAUCGGACCGACGCCUAAAAUCCUUGGAUUUCAGGAGAGAUCAGCUCCGCAGAAGGAGGUGCACGAGUUCAUCCUUAGCCGAUAUUCAGUGGGCUCAGCAUCUUUUGGCGUGCCAGAAAACCCAAGGAGCUCGACAAGGCUCUCGAUUUCGUGGAAACUAUCGGCUCCUCAUGAGACGACUCGCCCUGACCGUAGCCCUGGUGGUUGGCCUGAUGGUCGCGCUCAGUGAAGGUGACAUGCACAAGAAAUUGAUCAAGAUCGGUCUUAAAGCCCUGAAGAAAACUCCGGUUAUACCGCUCGUCUUCCCGCUGCCAUUGCCUAAGCACCUGCCGCACAUCUCACUACCACACAAGAGUGUCUGGGUGUCUCACGGACACAUAUCGAACCGGGAAGCCGAAAAGCUAGCCUGGAAAUUGGAGAAAGAAUAUCAUAAAUACGUGAAUCUCGUCCAGGAGCUCGACUCGAAGUGGCCUAAGGAGAAUAAGUGGUGACCAAGACGGCGAUCAACUGGCUGACGCCCCUCCUGAUUGCGCAAAACCGCGGGUCGAGUUU